GGCCCGCGGUCAGCGCUGUCCGCCCGGUUAUCCCGAUCAUCCCGAUCAUCCCGGCCAGCCCGGCCCCUCCCGGGGAGCUGCCACACCGCCGCCGCACGUCACCCGGCCGAUCCAGAAGUAAGGUGAACAUGAACAUGAACGAGGUAGUGGAGAGCCUAACAAAGAUCGAGCAGAACUACAAGCUCUUCCAGCAGCAGCAGUUCUCGUUUAUCAGAGCGCUGGAACGCACCCGGGAGGAAGCCCACGACAUGUUCAGGCCUGUGUCAUCCAUCGUGCAGGUGCAGUGCUACAAGGACCACCACUGCUACAAUUCCACGGACAGGCGCAUCCUCAACAUGUUCAUCUCCAUCUGCAACGACCUCCGCAGCCUCUGCCAGAAGAUGGAAACGGUGCAUCCUGGGGACAGCGUCACCAACGGCCUCUUGGAGAAGUGCAAAGUGCUCCUGAACGACAGCAACGACCUCGCUGCCAUUCGAGCCACGUAGGUGCCUGCUCAGCUCAGCUCAGCUCCUGGCAUUGGACUGUCGGUGCUGGGGGACUGGCACUGCUCCUUCCCACCCGCCUUCUCCACCAGCUCUGUCACGGCACCUUCCUGCCUUCAGCCAGGCCACGAGGUGCUGCACAGGUUCCUGCUGCAGCUGUUGGGAAAACACUGCCAGUGUCCAUUCACAGGAAGAGCGCUGGUUUGUUUGUGCAUCCUUUUGCUGGUGCACGGCAGGGCAGGUGAGCGCCCUGAGGUCCGUGCAGUGCUCAGGCAGGUUUCCUGCUCCUUCCUCCUGCUGCUUCUCUGCACAGAGCUCAUUUCUGCAGGGCAAGUGUCUGUAUGUCCUCUCCAAGACUUCCAGGACUCCACGUCCAAUUCUUAUCCCUGCUUUUCUGUUUUUGGGAAUGGCUGGCUGUGCAAUCCUGCUCUUCCACGGGGGUUCUGAGGGUGGCUCCCAGGGUUGCACUGCUGGGACUCCUCUGCCAACUGUUUCCCUCUGUCCCACAGCUACCCCCACAGGGUUGUGAACUACCUGAGCUUGGAAGAGGCGAGGCACCGCUAUGGAGGGGUGGUGAGCCUCCUCCCCAUCGUUAUAGACAACAUGUGGGAGUGGAUAACCUACAGUAAGAGGAACUUCCUGCCUAAUGUGAGUCAUGGACAUGUCUCCAAGCAGCAGACACCCACUUACCAAAUUCCACCUGCCGGGCACUUGGCAGCUCAGGCCUCCCUUAGUAGCAAAAAUACUGUAAAAUCACAGGAAAGAAAAUGCCAGCAGUGCAGGUAUGAAGACCCACGUUUGAAAAAUAAAGCACCCUGGAAGCCACCAGGCAAACACCCCUACUAAAGGAUCAAAGCUCCUGCAUCAUCUGUUCACCACCUUUAACAGCCUGGAUGAUUAAAUACAGUGAAACGAACACUAGAGGUCCAGCCUGAGUGCACUUUCUGAAGAGUUGCCCCACAGCCAGCCUGGGACAGAUGCAUUUGCUCUCCCUUGCUGAUGUUUCCUCUCUCCUCAUCUCCCCAAAGUCGCUGUAGCUACAGCUGGUGCCUGGGGCCAGCACUGCAGUGGGAGCAGGGAACAGUCAGCACUCAUCAGGUGCCAAUCUCUCAGACAUGAAUCAUGGACAAGUGAUUUAAAAUGGGAUUUUGCAUUUUCUCAGCCUUCUUUCUGAGAACAUGCCCUCCCUGCCACAGCCAGCAGGGUGAAGAACCUGCCUGUGUGAAGGAUGAGAUGCAGAGCAGCCAGGGCCUGGCAUUAUGGAUUCAGACAAGUCUUUGAUACUUAGACUUGUCUCUAAAAUUCCCUCACCUCCAAAGAAAUAGUUUGGUUUACAGGACACUAAGGAGGUGUCCCUUACCUGCCACUGGCUACUGAGGCCAGUGUUCUUCAGCUGUGCUCUGCUGCAGCCUCCUGCAGCUCCUCACACACAGAACAUCUCCUCUCACACCUGUUUGACUCCUUUGCUUCAGAGCUGGAGCUUUAAAGGAGAGCAGAGUUCAUUUUGACCUUAUUUUGUGUGUACUGACAAUAGCCAAACGUGGACAAACCAACCCUGUGCUCCUCAAACCUCUACAAAAUAAAAGCCAUUUCCAG